CACACCUAAAUUGGUGGAAAAUUGAAUUGUUUAUAUCUAGAACGUAAUAAUUUGCUGAAAAUUUUAUUGGUCCAUCGGAAAAAGUAUACGGCUGAUUGCUAUGAACGAAUCGGUGCGCUAUGAGCGCUGCCAGCAGAUUCAGCUGGGCGUUCUGACGGAAUCCCAAGAGAGCGCUGAUAUAGUAUCCAACGGAGGAGCAGAAUCCGAUGCACCCCAGGGAACUGGUAACCUAUUGUGCACUCACGAUGGAGUACUGCUGAAGAAGGCUAAUGCGGAACACAUUGCCGAUAUGAACACAAGCGGUUCCUUGUCCCUGGUGGAGUACAGUCUGCCGCGUCGCCGCCUCUACCUGGAAUGGCAGCCCAAUGAUAGCAUAAUGAUUGCCGACGACAGCCAGGAUCAGGGGGACUGGGCGCUGGUAGACAGAAUUUCGGGUCGGACCCGAACAACCUCCGAGUGCAGCGCAUUCAAUACUAAACCAGCUGACUUGUGUAGCAAUGGGAAUGCGGUGCCAGGUCGUGCUCGCAUCAUGCGCGCCUUAUUGGAUGAUUUGGCUGCCGUUGAGGUGCGAGAUCGUGGGCAGAUCAUACGUAUCCUGCGUAAAUCCGAUAACGGCGUGCACUGUGAGUUCUUCUUUCAACACGGCAAUGCAGAUCUCUUUGUGCGUUCCAUGCGCCAGCAGCAUAUCAUCGAGAGCUCGGAAACGAGUCGCAGCGGAGGCGAGCAGUAUGCCAUACUGAACACGGAGAAUCAAAAGCUAAAGAAAACAUUUGCUGAACUGGACAUUGGCGAGAUCAAGGCCAGCCAAUUGCCUCGGGAAAGUUGGUUGCCCAAUAAAUUGGUUGGCUUUCUGGGCACCAUACCGGACUAUGUACAGCCAUCGUUUCAACGCUCCCCAAAGUCCCGUCCAAGCACUUUAAUACAAGGCGAUCGACAGACUUCACCGGAUAACUAUCAGUUCAUUAAGCUAAGUGGCAGCACCAACAGCGCCUGCUCCUCCAACAGUCAGAGUCGCGGCGAGAGCGCUGACAAAUCGCCGGCGGAUAGCGAGCUGGACAACCUCAAUGCCCAAGACGAGAAAAUAGUUAACAAUUUACCAGCUCGUCAGAGCGUGUACCGCGGACUGCCGCUGAAUGAGACGCAGUGGUUAGAGUUCCAAACGCCCGACGGACGCAUCUCGGACAGCGCUCGUAUCAAAGAGCUCAUCUUUCGCGGUGGCAUUGUGCCAUGUCUACGAGCAGAGGUCUGGAAGUAUUUGCUAAACUAUUAUCAAUGGUGUGACACGGCACUGGAGCGCAUUGAGAGGCGCAAACAAAAAUCUGUCGAGUACUACAAAAUGAAGGCUCAAUGGCUGGCCAUGACCCAACUGCAAGAGGCGAACUUUAGCGGCUAUCGGGAUCGCAAGUGUCAAAUAGAGAAGGAUGUUAAGCGCACAGACCGAUCACAACAGUUCUUCGCCGGUGAGGAUAACCCCAAUCUGGCACUGUUACAGGGUAUACUGAUGACCUAUGUGAUGUACAACUUUGAUUUGGGAUAUGUGCAAGGUAUGUCGGAUUUGUUGGCACCCAUAUUGGAGAUCCAAGUGAAUGAAGUGGAUGCGUUUUGGUGUUUUGUCGGCUUCAUGGACAUGGUGUUCACCAACUUCGACAUGGAUCAGGCUGGCAUGAAGACACAAUUUUCCCAGCUGCGCCGUCUGCUCGAGGUGGCCAAUGCGCCGCUUUUUAACUAUAUGUGCAGUCAUGAUUCAGACAACAUGUAUUUCUGUUUUCGCUGGCUUCUCGUGUGGUACAAACGGGAACUCAACAACGAUGAUGUUCUCAAGCUGUGGGAAUGCCUGUGGACACGUUUGCCUUGUCCAAACUUUCAUCUGCUCGUCUCCGUGGCCAUACUGGAUCAGGAGACAAAUUUGAUUAUCGAUAGAAAAUACGAAUUCACUGAAAUAUUGAAACAUGUCAACGAACUAACCGGCGCAAUCGAUUUGAAACGUACUCUGGAAACUGCUGAGGCCAUCUACCUUCAACUGAAGGCAUCUGAAGCGCUGCCCAAUGACAUACGCCACAUUAUUGGCGAGCCACUUCUUCCGCCUGCGGCUGGUGAAGAGCCCGCUGCCGGGGAGAAUGAGGAAACUGCCUAUUCAGAUGAUGGCUUUGACGAACUCCGUGAACUGACGCCGGAGGAAAGGCGAAGAAAUCAAGAACUCUUCGAGGAGGCAUUAGAGCGAUCCAUGUUCUUGAACUAUAUAUAGGAACAAGGCCAAAAAUAUAUGAAAUUGAAGCCAACGGCGAAGCAUGCGCAAAUUAUUUAGCAGUAGCCAUUAAGACUCAAAGUUUACUAUCGUGUCGAUGUGACGCCCCUUUGGUAAUUGGCAUUCAGGGGCGUUGCUGAUGAAGUGCUUUAAUUUCUAAUACACAGAUUUAUACAUUGUAUAUUAAACAUAUUUGUACUUUUUGUAUUUAUUGUAAGUUCUUUUUCCGCCACCCCCAUAUUCCCCCCGAUUGCCUUAAGCAAGUGGUAAAAACAAAACAUUAGAAACUGCGUUUUCAACGAUAUUUCAAACUUUGCGUACGUAUCAAUUAGAAUUAGCUAAGUUAUGUCAAUUUAUUGAAAAUCUUUGUUUAUCACAAUGCUUAAAGCAGUUUUUGUUGUCCCUUACUAAGUUAAACUCAAAUUCUGUGAAUAAAUCAAUAUAUA